GGAGACGCCUUUGCACUUUGGCGUGAAACUCUGUUCGUAAAUCCCGCACAAAAGUGAUAAAGAAAAAAAACAAAAAACAAACAAUAAACGACACAGACCCACUCAAAAAAAAAGAGAACAGAAAAGUUCAGUAAGUUUAUGCAUUGUGACUGGUGUUGUGAUUCGUCGGUUGUUCAUGUUUGAAAAAAGCUCCCGCGAAAAACAAUUUGCUGCCGUUUCUGCCGAUCGAAACUUUUGCGCACGUGCACCGAAGCAACUUUGCCAAAUAACGGAGCAAUGCCGAAAUUAUUUGAAGACCCUGGUGUCGACGAGUUCCGCGGAUUGGACAUGCGAAAUUUGAGUAUCGACGAAGCCUGGAUGGUUGUGACGUCACAGUUAGCCAGCCCGUCUUGGCUCUACGUCCUUUCCGAUGACUGCGAUCAAUGCGCUUUCAAGUUGCUGGCCGGCAUCGGUGCGGAAACCAAUAACAGUCUUGAAAUGAGCACCAAGCACGGAUGGACGUUGCGCUUCAGAAGCGAUAACGAUUCAACCCACGUCCCGCGGUCCACAGAAAGCAACAAUACCCUGUGCCAACUACACGUUACAAUGGGAGAAUUCGGAGUGUACGAUGUGCAGGUCAACCCGUUGGAUGGCGAUCGUGCCAACUGCAGUUUCUCGACGGCCAAAGAACCUGUUAACAUUUAUGCUCCUCUAUUGGCCUGCUUUCUAUUCUACGUUGUGCUGGCCCUCUUAUGGAUCGGCCUGAAAAAAGCUUUUCGAAACGGCUAUCUCGAUGGAUGUCUCUACGCUCUCAAACUGAAAAAGAAGCGAAAUGUGAACGCUGAUGAGUCGGUCACGUGCAAACAAACCGAAGAUGACAAGACGACGAAAAAGAGCUCCCGACUGAAAUCGCUAGACACAUUUCGUGGAAUCAGCAUUGUGAUCAUGAUAUUCGUCAACGACGGUGCCGGCCAGUAUUUCUUCUUCGAACACGCAACAUGGAAUGGGCUCCAAGUGGCCGAUCUCGUCUUCCCUUGGUUUAUGUGGAUCAUGGGUGUCUGCAUGCCGAUCUCGCUGAGAUCCUCGCUACGUCGCAAAGAAACCAAACUGACCAUCUUUUCCGGCAUCUUACGUCGUUCGUGUCUGCUCUUCCUUCUCGGCCUCGUCAACAACUCGCUCGGCGGAAAUAUCCAACUAAGCCAGUUGAGAAUUCCGGGCGUACUCCAGCGCUUCGCCAUCACUUACUUAGUUGUUGGCAUGGCCGGUCUUUUAUUCACACCCGCCGAUCUCUCGGCUCCUCAUCAAUCAAGUAAAACCCGGAAAAUGUUGCAAGACAUCAUCGUCCUGUGGCCGCAAUGGGUUUUCUUUUUGCUGCUGGUUGCCGGCCAUUGUUUCAUCACAUUUUUCCUGCCCAUCGAAGAGGAAUGCCCUGUCGGUUACCUGGGUCCCGCCGGACUGCAUUUAGAUAACAAAUAUCCAGGCCAGUGCAUCGGAGGGGCGGCAGGCUACAUCGAUCGAUUGAUCCUUACAGUUCAACACAUCUACAACUGGCCUACAACCAGGCAGGUCUACGAAUCCGGUCCUUACGAUCCAGAGGGAAUUCUAGGAUCGAUGCUGUGUACGUUCCAGGUGUUUUUGGGUGCACAAGCCGGCGUGACUCUCUUGGUGUUUAGCGAUUGGAAAUCAAGAAUCAUCCGUUGGCUGUCUUGGUCCGUUUUGACCGGCGCUAUCGGCACCGUCCUCUGUUUGGCAUCUCAGAAUGACGGCUGGAUCCCCGUCAACAAAAAUCUGUGGUCAUUGUCGUACGUCAUGGUGACGACUUGCUUCGCUUUCUUCCUCUUGACCAUUUGUUAUUACCUCAUCGACAUCCGAAAAUGGUGGACUGGAUCUCCUUUCUUUUAUCCCGGAAUGAACGGGAUUCUGAUGUACUUGGGUCAUCAAGUAACCUACAACCUUUUCCCAUGGCACUGGCAAACCGGACUGAUGAACACGCACUUUGAACGAUUGGUAGAAACCCUUUGGGGAGUUUCUCUUUGGGUUGCCAUCGCCACGUGGCUGUAUCACAAAAAAGUCUUUCUAGCUCUUUAAAAAAUGAAUAUCGGAAAUAUAUUAUAUAAACUUA